CACAUUCAUGAUACAUCGUCUUGUAACUAUAUAUCCUAUGACUUGAAGUGAUCCACUACGAAUAAUAUAUUUGGUUCUCGAAAAUUCUAUAAAGUGGAAUUGUACACGAGCUUUCCAGAAUCCUCCAUCACUCAUUUCCAAACUUAUAUAUAUAAUUAUUCAUAUACUUGUGAUUUUUGUCUCAAAAGACAAAAUGGCACACUCUUUAUCCUCAAAUCUUGGUCUCAACCUUUCCAUGAUUUCCAAGAGUUUAUCAAGACAAACUCAUUUCUUUCGAGUCAGAGCCAUGACCGGUGAAGCAAGAGAAAAACUUGACCAUGUUUCAAGAUCAAACAACAUUAAACACCAUCAGUCCCAACCUAAGAAGAGAGUUUUUCCUGCUGCACCGAUAGGGUUAUGGGAUCGAUUUCCUACGACAAGGACAGUGCAAGAGAUGAUGGAAACAAUGGAAAGCAUGAUGGAAGACCCAUUUGCAAUGAGCACAAUUGAGUGGCCUUCAUCGCCGCUGCCGAUUGAAGGAGUAGGCGGGUAUAGAAGGAGGGGAAGAACACCAUGGGAGAUUAAAGAAGGAGAAAGUGAAUACAAGAUGAGGUUUGAUAUGCCUGGUAUGAACAAAGAGGAUGUUAAGGUUUGGGUGGAAGAAAAGAUGCUGGUUGUGAAAGCUGAGAAAGCACCUAAGAAGAAGAAUGAUGAAGAUGAAGAAUGGUCUAAGAGCUAUGGUAGGUAUAGUAGCAGAAUUGCUUUGCCAGAGAAUGUGCAGUUUGAGAAUAUUAAGGCUGAGGUUAAGGAUGGUGUUCUUUACAUAACCAUUCCUAAGGCUACUACUUAUUCCAAAGUCCUUGAUAUUAGUGUUCAAUGACAAUGGUUCAUUUUUUUUCUUCCAACUUGUUAAUUAGGCUUUUGUUGUUUUUGAUGUAUAUUUAGAUUUUUUUAGUGUUUUACCCUUUUUGUAAGAUGUUUGAAUUUGGUUGUGAGGAAGCCUCUCUAUUAUGGAGGGAAGUCACUUGUGUUAUGGCGCAGCUGUCUGUGCUACUACUACACAUGUGAAUAUAAGAAAAGUUUGAAUGGAAUUGAGUUCUCUUGAAUAAAGAUUUCAUGCUUCUUGGUGUUUUA